UGCCAGCUCUCUAAAAGACGAAACUACGACCAAAACGUGUACCUCCUAGAAAUAAAUCUGCAUCAGCAUUCUUUUCAUUCAGUCGGGGUAUAUAAAAUUUGACUGAUAAGCCAAAUAGUGAUAAGUUGCAGCGUCAAUAUUUGACGUUCACCCAUUCGUUCUGCAUAUUUGUGUAUAAAUAUUACUAACUCAUCCGUCCAGUCCACCCAACCCACAGUGUACACAUAAAUCGACCAGACUGUACAUAUACAUAGAUCAACAUUAACUUUAUAGCUGACUUAACAAUACCACGUUAAUUCCUCGUCCUUGGUUAAAUGUUAAUGUGUGGAAAAGAUCUGUGAGUGUGUGUGUUGUUCGUCCAUGGAGUAAUUUCUAGGAUGGAGUGGAAUUAUUAUGAUCUGUGGGAUGAUGAUGUAGUUUAUUUAAAAGUUCAAUCACAGCAGGGCGACGUGCAUUACGCAAUUUAUUAUUGACAGUGACAAAUAAUUUGUGCAUGUAUAAACCUCAAUUGAUGCGAAUUACUACUCGUCGUCAUCUUCAUGUGACUUCAUGUUCGAAGAAGUACCGGAGAAAGAAGGACGAUUGUCAACUCACUAAUUUUAGUGCCGAUUAAUUUAUUCAAAUUAAAUUGACCCUGACAAGAUAAUUAUAUUAUUGGGUACAUGGAUUCCUCCCACAGUCGCCAAACCCCCCGUGCGUCUUCCACUCCUAGGGACGAAUUAACGACACGUUGCGGCGACGCCAAUUCGGCGACGAAUAAUAAUUCCAGCGGUGGAAAAUCUCUAGUCUUGGUGGAUAGCAACUGUCGCAUAUUGAAAUUCGCCCUGGAAAAGGGGAUGACAAAUAGCAACGAUAAUAAUAUGGGAUCGAAUAAUCACUGUGGAUAUAACGGAAAUAUGAAGAAUGGUGGGGGCGGCACACCCAUCCCGCAGAAAUUUCCGUACGGACAAGAUGAGCUGAGGAGGCUCGUGUUGCAAAAGUAUUUUCCACGGUCGGCAAAUCCGAAACCUUUUUCUCUAAGGGAUGAGACACAAGUUCGGGAGGCGUUUGCAGAUUUUGUGCAAAACGUGCCAAUCCUUGUAGAUGGUCAUCGCGUGUCGAGGAAGGCGUGGGCGAAAGCGUUUUACGAGAGUGACAUUAUCAACUCGGCGAAAUGUCUGUUUGAAGCCUUGUUCACGGAGGAGGAAAUGCGAAUUUGUACGCUGAAUGGGAAAAAUCAGACGCAGGAGUUAUCUGCAGUAAAAAUGCUGGCGAUUUUGAGGGCGUCAUGUUGGAUGAAAAAUAAGGAGCAGGAUCCUUACCUCUUCAAUCCUGCGAUCCCUUCACAUAACGUCCACCCCAGUAAAGAAGAACAGGAUAAGAUUGAGAAAAAAGUCUUUACAGAGCGAAGGAGUCAGGCAAAUAGGAAAAACCGGAAGAGACAAGCUCCCAGAUUCGAUCGUAACAAUGUCCUCAUAGAAGGUGAUUCCGACUCGCAAAAUAACCUCCUCGAUCUCGACCGAACCUCAAAUACAUCUGAUGACCGGGCCUCAUCCCCUGGCGGGUCUGUCUCCUCCCUCUCCCCCCAUCCGGCCCUUCCACCCCUCAUCCCCGUCGCGAGAGACGCCCCAAUCUACGAAUUUGGCGAACUGGAGGAAUUAUUCUACCGUUUCCCAGAAGAGUUUUUGGAAACGCUCCUCCCCAAUUGGUCAUCCUCCUUCAUCUUCAUCGACGGUCUCCUCGUAGAGCACGAAAAGUGGAAAAAAGCUUGGGAAGAGGCUGAACCCGUGAAGGCUGCCUGGAUCCUUUUCCUCGCCUUAUUCUCCGACCAAGAAAUCAAAAAGUGUACGCUAAACGGGAAAAAUGGAACGACGGAAUUAUGCCCGGUCAAGAAACUCGCCAUAAUUCGAGCGGUUGAAUGGAUGCGACGAAAUCAAGGCAAUGCAAACUUGGUCCUUCACUGGGACAAUGACUUCGACGAAUGUAACGUCUUCCCCUCAAAAGAGGACAAGGAAAAAAUUGAGACUAAAGUCUUCACCGAGAAGAGAUACCAACAUAGUCGACAUUUAAAUAUGAACAAGUCAUCAUCAUCUUCAUCCGGGCCGUCAUCCCCUUAUUCUGGACCAAGGUGACGAAAACGACGAGGAAUAUUGAAACGGCAACGACACGUAAAUCAUAUUAGUGACAAUGUUGAGACCUUGUUAAUCGUGUACCUUUCAUGACAAGCAAAAUAUAUGAGCAACUUCUUCCUAAUAAUCGCCUUUAAUUCCAAAAGGAAAGAAAAAACGUAUGUACCUUUUCAACUAUUUUUUAGAAACUACAUAAAUUAAAUUUUAUACCAACCAAAGUA